CCGAAGAAGCAACAACCUUUAGCUGUUGGAGCUAGCUGGCUAGCGACCAAGGCGGAUUGCUCUAUUUUCACCGGUUGUUUUGUCGUUUUAAAAAAGCGGCCAUGACCCCGAGACUCGUUAUAGCACACAGAAGUUUAUGGAUGUCAAGUUAAAGUGAGUUUUUGGAGUUAAAGAAGAUGUUUUGGCUCGUUUUAACCCGCUGUAAACGUUAGCUAGCUCUCGGCUUUAGUGCUCCCGGGGUCUCUUACAUAAAAACACGGCUGCGGUUGACUGUAGCAAAGACGGGGCUUGUGAGUCUGUAUCUUAGAUUUAUCUAAAUAAUCUAAGCUACAAUUACUUUUUUUAAUUGUCUUACAACCUUAACUUUGCCUCUGUUUAGUUUGUAUAGUAUCCUAACGCCGAGUUAACAGUGUAGACCAAAUGGAUAUUAAGCUUCUUAUUGCUAAGCACGGAGGACUUUACCCACCGUCUCUCCACUAAACAGAGAAACGCUGUCAUUUAUUUCUCUCUUUUUAACAUUUUUUUAAAAGUAGCAUUAUCUGGGAAGUUUCCUUAUAUAUCCGAGAAACGUUAUCGGGCCGCUUCAUGGGGCGAGGAAGGCGGAAAGCUUGGUAAACAGCGCCGACCCUCAAGGACCGAGCAGCCAGACCCGGUGUUUAUGGGGAAACCGCAUCCCCUGCUGGCUUUACUACCGGACGGCUAUAGUGUCAUUACUUGUGAGACUUUGACUUGGAUCAACUAUGUUACACAGACGCCCAGGGUUGACGUCCCAUGACUCGUGUCCUACCCAAUUUCCAAUGGCCAGCAGUUAGAGUCUAAUUUUUCAAGAAGAAGAUGGAGACCGGAGUGAGGUCUCACCAGGGCGAGGUGUUCGUCCACCCGAUCUCCAACCCUGGGGCUUCGGGGAUAUGCCUCGAAAUGCUGGAGGUGGCAGAGGAGGCCAGCCGGGCUGGGAACUUUAGCCUGGCCGUGGAGAUCUACAGCUCCCAACUCUCAGACCUCCAGCAGCCGGACCGGGGGUUGUGUCUGAGGAAGGCAGACUCUCUGUGCCGAAUCGGGCGAAUAUCUGAGGCGCUAGACUCGUACUGCACAGCGGCCAGCCUGGGCAAAUUACGCCCGGAGGAGCUUCAACUUUUGGUGGAAACGAUCGCCCGGACGCUCCGUGAGAAAGAGCUGGGCAUCACCGGGACGUUAAGCGGGCAUAGUAAAAGCAGUGGUGGGGAAGAUGGGGUUGAAAGUGAUGGGGAAUGUGGAAAUGAUGGAGCGCUGGACUUAUUUUCAUGUCGCAUCUGCAAGUGUCUGCUCCAUGAGCCGACAACCGUGGAGUGUGGACACACUUUCUGCAAACGUUGCUUAGAGGACGACUCUGUAAAAGACUGCAUACACUGCAAACAAAAGUUGAGCAAAAGAGAUGGACUGCCCAACGACCGGAGAUUAAAUGUUGUUCUCAGUGGUCUGCUGGAUAAACUGUUUGCAACUGAGAGCAAAGCUAGGAAAUUCUGGAUCGAAGGAGAGGUUUUGUGGAAAAAUCAGAACCUCUCAGACGCUUUGGAAAAGUACAACGCAGCAGUGGACCUAGUGCCCUCCUCAGGCAGGCUGCUGUCUCAACGGGCUGAAUUGCACAUGGAGAUGAGGAACUUCAGUCAGGCAGUCCAGGACGCCAGUAGCCUCUGCAGGUUAAAACCUCUCUGGAAUAAGGCUCAUUGUCUGAAAGCGAUGGCGCUGAGUGAAGCAGGCCGGAAUGACGAGGCCUUGCAGGAAUAUUUUAUGUGUGUGGCACUAAAGCCAGACUGGACCAAAGUCAAACUGGAAGCUCAGAAGGUCCUUAGCGAGGUAUUCUCUUCUGUAUUUGAAAAUGAGGACAUGCCAACACCUCUUCACCCACUGCAGGGAGGGGUGGCAACCCGCCUCAUCAAACCCCCUGCCUUGCUCAGGUCCCUGAGGCCUCUCACACAGAAACCUGGCUCUUCUUCACAGGAGUCAGAGUUCAGUGUGACUAAAAGCGCCCCAGCGGAUGACUCAUCCUCCAGACUCUCCGCUUCGACUCCUAGUAAAUCCGACCAUGCUGCAGGAGAGGGCAGCACCAAGAGCCUGGCGGAUGUCCUGGCCGCACUGCCAGCCCCCCCUGGUGGUCUCAAGAGGAAACACAGCGAAGAUGGACCUUCGGUCUUCAACCCUCCGUCAAAACAACUCAGACCUGACAUGGAGAGCAGUUCUCAGGCGGUCGCAGUGUGUGGAGGGAGGACGUUUCCUGCUGAGCUGUUGGACAGCGGAGACAUGGAGUGUUCCCUCUGCAUGAGAUUAUUUUACGAGCCUGUUGCCACUCCCUGCGGACACACCUUCUGCCUCAAAUGUCUGGAGCGCUGCCUGGACCACAACUCCAACUGUCCUCUGUGCAAAGAGAAUCUGUCUGAGUAUUUGGCCACCAGGGGCUAUAACAUAACCCUGCUCAUGGAGGAGGUGCUGCAGCGUUAUCUCGGGGAUGAACUGGUGGAGAGGAAGAAAAUCCAUGAGGAGGAAAUGAAGGAGCUGUCAAACUUGAAUCAAGAAGUUCCCAUCUUUGUGUGCACCAUGGCUUUCCCCACCAUCCCCUGCCCGCUGCACGUGUUUGAGCCGCGCUACCGCCUCAUGAUCCGCCGCUCCAUGGAGACGGGCACCAAGCAGUUCGGCAUGUGCAUAGCUGAUGAGCUGAAAGGCUUCGCUGACUACGGCUGCAUGCUGGAGGUGCGAGAUGUGAAGUUCUUUCCUGACGGUCGUUCAGUGGUUGACACCAUCGGAGUGUCGCGGUUCAAGGUCCUCGGCCACGGCCAGAGAGACGGCUACAACACUGCCAAGAUAGAGUACCUGGAAGACAAGAAGGUGGAGGGGGAGGGGCUGGUGGAACUUCUGAAGCUGCACGACUCUGUGUACGAGCAGGCCAACAACUGGUUUACCUCCCUGAAAGACAACAUGAAGAGCCAGAUCCUCAGCCACUUUGGACACCUUCCCAGCAAAGACCCCGACCCACAGGCCAGUCCUAGUGGUCCGGCCUGGUGCUGGUGGCUGCUCGCUGUCCUGCCAUUGGAGAAUCGGGCCCAGCUCACAAUCCUGUCUAUGACCUCCCUAAAGGACCGCCUCAUCGCCAUCCGCAGGGUCCUUAUCUUUGUCACACGCAAGAGGCCCCGGUGAUUGCCCGACCGUUCGGGGGACAGUCUAGAACCACUCGGGCUUCUAUGCAGUUCAGCAAUUCAUUAAUUUGUUUGUGCGUUCAUUCAUUUGUUGAUUAGGUCACACAUUGACUGAUUCAUUCAUUUGUGUUCUCAUGAAUUUACUUAAAUGAAUUCUCCCAGAUGCUCCUGAGCACCACAAUGUGUCAUGCAGACUUUCUGAGCAUGUUAGGAGUGUUUGAUGGGCCGGGGGUUCUGGCAUGAGGGCAUUCCUGCUCACUUGCCUCUCUGUCUGUCAGUUUUUUUUGUCAUCGCACAUCAGCAUUACCUCACCGGACGAAUUUAACUACAGCACAUCUCUUGUUCUCUUUUAAGGCCGAGGUAAAAAAAAAAAAUCAGUCAAGUCGAGCUGUUUCACUUCCAUUUAGAUCGUUCAUGUAAUUUUCCUGACUCCCUGUCAUGAAGGAACAGAAACCUAUCACAGAGCUGUGUGAGCAGAAAGGAUCAGGAUCAAGAGGAAUUAAUUUCCUGUACAUAUAAUAAUCAGUAUCUCACAUAAUACUGAACCAGAAGAUUGCCUGCCACAGAGCCGUGUGGCCCCCGCAUCCACAAAAGUGACAGUUUGUACAGGCGCAGUCAAAACAAGAACUCACCUCAUGAAAUAUGAAGCAAAAACAAAAAACACUUGGCAUGACGGCAACACACACUAAAGUGAAUGUACUGGUCUGGCUGUAGUAUGUGAACGUUUUUUCUUUUUUUCCUCACUCUAAAGCUUCCUGACUGAGCCAAAACUUGUGUGCAAAAAAAAAAACAAAAAAAAAACGGAGCUUUCUAUCUGCUGCUUCACCCGGCGGUGGGCAUGUACCUCAGACAGUCUGAUAGAAAGUAAAAGGGGCGCCAUGAGAAUCGUUCCGUUGAGAUAGCAUCAAGAUUUUGUCCCUGCUGACGCUAAAAUCCACUGUGUGAUAACAAGUGCAACUCUACAAACACAUGCUCCACUUGUUCUCAAAUGACAUUGCAGAGAGAUUUAAAUAUACGUCUGUCACAUAGUUGCAUUUAGGAAAAUGCAGAUACAAGUGCAUCCUCCCAGAUACAGUUGAUCUGGAACUUCAUGUCCUAAUGUAGCAUAUCUCUGGGACUUCAAAUACAGACUUAGCUAUAGGGGUUGAUUGUAUAUUUUCUUGUUUUGUUUUUUUGUUUCUCUCUACGCCCUUAAGUGUAUGUGUAUGAUGAAAUCUUAAGUUGGGUGAUUUAUAUGUAUAUCAAUGUAACUCGGAGGCCUUUUUUAAUGUUUUAUUUAAGGAACAUUUCUGUCUAUCUCUCUCUCUCUCCCCCCAUCUGUCUCUUUCUCUCAGUACAUUUACAUGCACACUAUCAUGCAAUUACGGUGCUGAAAGUUGCCUUGUGGAGUUUUCUUGUAAGCAAAUACUUAUAUUUACAUGAGAUGUUUCUCACCAGAACACAUUGUGUACCCUGAGGCCAAACAAAUGUUAAAUAUUAUUUUUCAUGAAAUAUUUUGGAACUAGCAUUGUUCCUUCUUUCUCACUGGCGCACUGACGUGUCUCAGCAUCACUUACUGUUGAUCAAAUGAGAAGUUUGACACGGUCCACAGCCCUACAUGUGUGAAAAAAUUGGAUACUGUGAAAAAAGUUGGACAAACGUGACCCCGUAGCUCAAAUUAUCACUUGUAGCACUGUAGAUAAAUUAUUUUAAGUGUUUUCCCUAUUUCUCUGUAUCCUCUGUAAGAUCAUGAUGAGGAUUUCAAUUUUUUGGUAACACCUGCACCAGAACAUGCAGGGAGGAAGUUGAUGUAAACUUGGAUAUGAACAGUACAGAUUUUAAAAUAUUUAAAACAAAAGUUUAGCAAAUGUUUCAAUUCAAUUUGUUCUGGUGUGAAACACUGAAUGUAAACCAAACUGUAAACUUGCUUACAAUAAAAUUUGACAUUGUACCUUUUAAAAGGGAGGAUGAACGGUGAAGAACGAAAGUGUUUAUCGCUAAGUCGUCAGAAGAAAUGCAGUAUUAUACAGUAACUCCAAAGGGUGGAGAGCAGCCCAAGUCACAUUACGCUUAACCUCAAGUUUUAUGUGACAGCAGCUGUGGUUGUGAUUGCAUUCUUAGCGUGCAUUUAAAUGCACUGUUGUUCUGUAUAAUUCUGUCCUUCCAAAUGUUUGUGACUCCUGUGCAGUCACUUGCUCUCCGUUUAAAGGGCGGGGUUCACAACGUGCUGCAUUUCCCUGGUAUAUUUGUAAAGGGAGAUCUUAUACCUAUUUUUUAUUGCAAAUAAAGAUAAAACACAUA